CUGGGCCUCCAUGUUGCUAUCUUUUCUGCUCUCAGUUCAUUCGAGACGCCAGCUGGCGAACAAACUUUGGGCUCGGAGAUUUUUUAUUAACAAACUUUUUUUUUUUUCGUUUUCCCAACGAAACUAUCCGGACACGAUGCUUUCCUGUUACCUUUUCCUCAUUAUUUCUUUGAUGAUCUCCUUCCGAGACGUCCGUGUGUCCGGCUCUGGUUCUAGCUGCACAGAGUAUCCUGUGUUCACUCCACCUGCACUGAUAGUGAAGUACGGUGACCCAGCCAAUUUUACAUGUGAUGUAUGUCAGAAGGACUGCAGUGGAGAUUCUUCAAAUUUGGAGCACGCUGUGGGAAAAUUUACAAGAAAUGGAACCACAAUCUUGUGGACGGUUGACAGACUGACUGAAUGGGACAUAUCUCUACAGUGCUAUUAUAACAAUGAUGCUGGUGAUCAGUGUACUACCAUUCUGAAUCCAACUCUUUAUCAGCCUCCAGAAAGUGUCUCCAUCAGCUUUGUAAACCACACCGGGCCGAUGUUUGAGAAUCAGCAGUACACCCUGCAGUGUAGCGUACAGAACGUAGCUCCUGUUCAAAACCUCACUGUGACCUUCCACAGAGGAAACACAGCACUGCGUCACCUACAGUCCAACCACAGUGAAGAGAAGAAACCAAUGAAUGAGACCUUCACUCUGAACAUCACUUCCAGUAGAGAAGAUAAUGGAGCCCAGUACUGGUGUGAAGCCAAGCUGGAGCUGGGACCAGCUGGACCACAGCGCCCUCCAGUGGUGACAUCAGAAAAACUCCCUGCUAUAGUUCACUAUGGGCCUGAGCUAAUAGGGCCACCAAAUCCAGAUGAUAUCACAGUCACAGAAGGAGACACUCUACACCUGAACUGCUCGUUUGUGGGAAACCCCAGCCCCUCAUACACCUGGACAGUCCCAGUAAAUAGCUCACUUUCCGACAAUGGCGGGAUUCUCACUAUCAAAUCUAUAGGCUUUGAGCAUGAAGGACAGUAUAUCUGCACUGUGAGCAACACAGUAGGGACUGUCACCAAGGAGUUUAACAUUGAUGUACAAGCUUCCCCCUUGAUAUGGAUAAUAGCUGGGGUAUCUGCAGCUGUUCUGUUUGUCAUCAUACUUUGUGUGCUGUGUUGUCGUUUCUAUAAACAAAACCGAAAGGGAAGCUACAACCUAAAGGAUGUUUUACGAUUCCCUAAGCACACUGCCUUGCCUCUGCAAAACUGCGAGAAUGUCUGAACUGUGGACAAAAAGUCUGAAGCUGUUUCUUCGACAUUAGGUGCUGUCUGAUUCUUUAAGUCAAUUUGCCAAGUUUGACAUCAUCCCGGUUUGAUUGAGGUAGUUGUUACCUUCCUCUACUGAUGACAUCUGAUGACACAAAACAACAAAAAUGACAGCAUGAAAUGAAGACUUUAAGUGACGUGACCAGUGACCUAAAUACUGAGUGGAAAAAAAGCUCCUUCCUCUUUUAUCAACCUUCUGCUUUCAAGGUACUGUAAUGCAGUCAGCAAAGUUUUGCACUCAUUUCCUGUAAAUAUGCUGCCUUAAAUCGCAGGUCUUGGGUUGUAGCUUUUAAGAAGUGAUCUCUAUAUUUCAUUGUAGUGAGUGUGGAAUUAAAAGGCCCUGUGUCGAUACAGACUGAAAACACAGGAUGUCACCAGCUUUUUCCUUGUUACACAGCCUGGAAUUUAGUAUUGUUGUCAUGGCAGCAGCUUACUGGCCUUUGUCUGUAUUUCUGCCACUACUUUGUUUUACAUCUUGCUUCUAGUCUCGAUUUUGACUGUUGACUGCUGAGAAACUCGAGUUCUAUGAGAAAUAUUUGAUAUUAUUUUAUUUUAAGUUGUUAUUUUUUCAGUAUUUGAUGACUGUAAAAGUACAAACUCAAGACUAGCAGGACACUAACUUAAAGAUUCUGCACACUUUUUUUUCAAUUUGCUUUGGAAAAUGUGAAAGUAAAUUAAUGUCAUCAAAUCCGUAUGCAAGCAGAGGGCUGAACAUCCACUAUUACUGCUGUGUGGAUGAACAUGCUGUUUAACUGUUUUAUUUUGUUUGUUUAUUUAGACAUGUGCUUUUGUGUACUAAAAUCUAAAGGAGAAUUUAAGUUGCUUCCUUCAACGAGUGUGGUGGCUCUAAUUGUGUCAGGCGUUCUUUCCACUCCUGACCUCCACUGUAGAGAAUCAGAGGAGAAAUGUGAAACAUGCAGGUUAUUGGCUCUGCCAGCACGCUGCCUCAGACUUGCAGCUCCCAUCAUUUCCAGGAAUCUGGAAGAGGAGCGUGCCAACUUAGAGCCAUGCUAACUUUCACCUGCUUGUGGGAAAUAGACAAGGCUGAAGUGUUUUGUUGUUCACAUCGGAUAUGAAAUUUCCACCGAAGCCCUGAAACCUUGAGAAAGUCUAAAGUAAAGUGUAAAAGAUAAGUGGUCUCUGUGACACCACCCACUGGCUUGUGGGCUGAGGUUUUGAAGCCUCAGGUUUGACACCAUCUAAGACGUGUUAGGGCGUCAUGUUUCUGACCUGUUAGCAACCCCCAUCUUUCAUAUAUUAUCUACAAUUCAAACAAACAGCUACUGACCUACCAACGGUUGCCACGUCCAUGUAUGUUUGUAUAUAUAGUAUGUGUGAAUGUUUAUGUUAUAUUGUGGGUAUUAGUGAAAAAGCAAAGUUGUAAUAAUACACUGCACACUGGAGCUUGUGUUUAUUUUGAAAAUGUAAAUAAAUUACAGAACCUUUUUUGAAAAAAAAAAGAAAGAAACGUAUAUCCUGAUUUUUUCUGAUUCUAUUUAUCCUGUGGAAAAAUCUCACCUUGUCUGUUUGUCUAUAUUCAGUCCAAUUCAUUUUUAUUUAUAUAGUUCCAAAUCAUAAUAACGCAAGGUGCUUUAUAUUGUAAGGUGAAGACACUACAGAGAAAACCAAAACAAUUAGGUGACCCCUUAUUAGCAAACACUUUGGCAACGGGGGUGGGACCUCAAUUUUAACAGGAGGAAAUCUCUGACAGAAGCAGACUCAGGGAGGGGCAGCCAUCUGCUGCAAAUGUUUGGAGCAGAGGGGAGGGAGACAGGACAAAAGACAGCCAGAGACUAAUAAUAACUAAACAAUUCAAAUAAUUCAACUACUAACAACAUUUUAAGUGAAGAGUGAAAAAAGGUGAGUGUGGAAGAAACACUCAGUGCAUCACGGGAAGCCUUCCAGGAUCCUAGGCGUACUAAUGGGCAGUUCAGGCUUACCUGAUCUAGACCUAACUAUAAACUGAAAUUAGAGAGGGUGCUUGUCUUUUAGGAGCUGAUUCCACAGAAGGCCCUGAAAGCUGAAGUAAGCUUUGAGCAGUCUGAGAGUGAAAAGCACUAAUGGAGUGAUAUAGUAUAAUGAUGGGUCCUGAUUGUUCAAGGGCUUGUAUGUGAAAUAUAUCUGUAUGUAUAUCAAAGUCUGCCUGACAUGUUCUUUCACUGUGACAACAAUAAACACAAACGCAUAAGUAAUGACAGAA